UUGGGUUGGUAUGAAGUAUACUCAUGAUCUUUUUUUUCCGGUAUGCCGCUCCGCCAGCAAGGAGUGCCACGCACGAGCGGAGCGAAAACAAAGCAGGGGGAAUUAUUCGUUGGGAGAAAUCCUUUGAUUGCGUAUUUAAUAUAGAUCCAUGUCUUUCUUGUUCCACUAGCUAGGACAAAAUUAUCAGAUGUCCCUUUCGUUAUCGUUAUUACAACCUUCUUUUUUGAUGUCAAAGACCAGAAGCUGUGCGCUAAUUCUCAUUGGAUCUCGGUUGUUCUUAACAGCGAUGGCUAUUCAUUUAAGUCUUCGGGUAGCACCAUUAGAUCUUCAACAAGGUGGAAAUUCUCGUAUUCUUUAUGUACAUGUUCCUGCGGCUCGGAUGAGUAUUCUUGUUUAUAUCGCUACGGCUAUAAACACUUUCUUAUUCCUAUUAACAAAACAUCCCCUUUUUCUUCGCUUUUCCGGAACCGGUACAGAAAUGGGUGCUUUUUUUACGUUGUUUACCUUAGUUACUGGGGGGUUUCAGGGAAGACCUAUGUGGGGCACCUUUUGGGUGUGGGAUGCUUGUUUAACCUCUGUAUUCAUCUCGUUUCUGAUUUACCUGGGUGCACUGCGUUUUCAAAAGCUUCCUGUCGAACCGGCUCCUAUUUCAAUCCGUGCUGGACCGAUCGAUAUACCAAUAAUAAAGUCUUCAGUCAACUGGUGGAAUACUUUGCAUCAACCUGGGAGCAUUAGCCGAUCUGGUACAUCAAUACAUGUUCCUAUGCCCAUUCCAAUCUUGUCUAACUUUGCUAACUUCCCCCUCUCAACCCGUAUCUUGUUUGUUCUGGAAACACGUCUUCCUAUUCUAUCUUUUCCCGAAUCUCCUUUAAGGUAUGAAAUAGAAGCUCGAGAAGGAAUAGAAAAACCUAGUUUACUUCCCAGCUCAAACUGAACGCGAUGUAAUCAAACUUAUGGUUGACGCCGUAGAGAAUAUAAAGCCCAUAUGCGAAGUGGAAAAAGUAGGAGUAGCAGGUACUAUUUAUGAUGCCCCUGGGAUUGUAGCCAGGGAUCGUCAACGAACCUUAGCUAUUCGUUGGAUCCUUGAAGCAGCUUUCAAACGACGUAUAAGCUACAGGAUAAGCUUAGAGAAAUGUUAAU